ACCUAGAAGUGAGGUGGAAGACUCCGACUACAAUCUAUGACUGGGCAUGAUACUUAGCGGGACUGGCAUAUACGCGAUUGUGAUUUCUUCUGUAUGGCUAUCUUGUUGUUAGACAUUCGAAUGUUUCGAACUUCGUACUUUACGAGGCUUUAUGAACCUGUUUUAAUCGUUAAAUUUAUAUUGGAAUAAGUAAAAUAUGGACAACGUUAUUUACUAAUGUCGACCAGAGUGGGCAUGUGGGAGAGAAAAGAUUUCUGGUCGUCGGAAUCGGAGGUGGUCUCUUUGGCCGAUACACAGCAAACGUGGUACACUAGAACGUUUGUAAAUACAUUCUGGAUGGCAUUACUUUUAUGGAUUCUUAUAUCUACUGUCGGUGGAGAAGACAUUAUGCCCGGAAGAGAACACGUUGUUUCGGGAUUCGUUGGUGCCACCGCCCUUCUACCUUGUGAUGUAGAUCUUUUAUCCUGUGGACGCGUUUAUUUCAUUACGUGGACCAAGAAUGUGUCUCAUGAAUGGAAGAGGGAAUAUCUGUACAGCGAUGGAGUUAAAAGAGCAAUGGGAGACUUUGCCAGUCCAGACAGAGCAACAUUUCACUUGUCCAACACUUCGGCGCAUCUUCUUCUUGAUUCCCUCAGCGUCAGUGACGAAGGGACAUAUAAAUGUGACGUCACAUACGUGCAGGGAAAAUGUCCGUCUCUUUCUUUUAUAAAACUGCAUACUCUCGUUGUUCCCUCGGAACCAUUUUUAGAAUUGGAAGGAAGAGCGUUAAGAAACGGAUCAACAGUGGGACCAUACACAGAAGGAUCGACAUUCGCUCUCGAAUGUAAAUCCUCGGGUGGAAGGCCACCACCUCAGGUAACGUGGUGGAACGGAACUAAAACUCUACCUAUCAAAGUAACAGAAAUUCCUGAAAAACACGGGACUAGCACUGUCAUCUCGUUAGCUCGUUUUGUGCUCUCCCGAUGGGACUUAGGUGCAAGAUUAGAGUGUCAUGUUGAGAGUAACGCUACCACUAGACCUUUUAUUAAAGGGGUCAAGUUAGACAUACACGUACGUCCAGCCGCAAUGAAUGUCAGAGGACCACUUACACCUGUAGUGGCAGGUGAGAUGGUCUCACUCACAUGUACUGUAGAAGGUGCGAGACCUGCCGCAAACAUCACAUGGUACAAUAGAUCAGAGGUGAUUAAGCCCCAGCCGACUAUCACUAAGGACUUGAUGAGUGAUGGAACCUAUAGGACAACAAGCACCCUGGUGUUUGUGGCGUCCAGACACGAUCACCAUGGGGAAUAUUUUUGUAAAGGAACUAAUGAGGUGUUAGCGAAGAGACUCGAAGCUCCUCUACUUCAAGCAACAACUCUGGAAGUUCUCUAUCCACCUGCAGCCUUGGUGUCUCCUGGGGGUGUGGUUACAGUCCAAGAAGACGACACGACAAACAUCACAUGCGACUACGAUGCUAAUCCCAAGGACGUGACAGAAAUUGUUUGGUAUAAGGAUGGAAACAUUCUGAGAAGAAAUACGGAACAUCGUCCAAGUACCGUGUUGACAAUUUACAAUGUUUCUCGUCACGAAACUGGUACUUAUAGCUGUCAUGUAAGAAACGCCUUUGGACGAGGAAAUUCGACAAAUGCUUUGAUGUUGGAUGUUCUUUAUCCACAAAUUAUUGAUAUAAAGUUAUCGUCAAAAGUUGUAUCCGAAGCUGAAAAAACAAGAGUUGUGGUGGAAUGCAUUGCGCUGGAUGGCAACCCUCGAGAGUUUACUUCUGUUAAGUGGUAUCAAAAUAGCAAAUUAAUCAAUGAAACAUCUAAGCCCAUAUUCUUCUUAGAUGACAUAGUCAGAGAGAACACUGGCUUAUAUCAUUGCGAAGGACUGAAUUCUGUGGGAUGGAGCGAUCCUUCUCCUACUAAAGAAUUGGUUGUCCAAUAUCCUCCGGGUGUUGCAGUUAUCAAUCAAGUGGAAGAACUGGCAGUGAAGGGGACUCCUAUAACCUUAGAGUGCAGAGUGGAAGAUUUUGGUUACCCCACAGCAACCAUAUAUCGUUGGGGAAAAGAUGGAAAAUUGCUGAAUGCAUCGAGCCACGUACUCGUCACAGAACCAAUUCGUGUUGUAACUCAAGGAAUCUAUUCUUGUGCUGCAGUAAACGAUGUAGGCACGGGACUAUCCACUACGUUCCCUCUGAAGGCCGUAGCACCACCUGCGUUCGUUCAAAAACUGCCAGAUACCGGAGGGGUACCCAGAAAUGCCACUACUGUAACCCUUGCCUGCCGGGUGGAGUGUCAACCAAUUUGCCAAAUAGAAUGGCUGAGGAAUAACGAAAGUGUCAAAUCGUCAAAGUUUUUCCAUGAAAAAUUAAUCAAACACCCAGAGGAUCCGAAGAAAAAUAUCUUUACUUCCAUCACCAGUGUUUUGACGUGGAAUAUGAGCCAUCUUCCGGCCAGCAGUUUUGAUUACAACAGUUUUACUUGUAGAAGUACCUCGAAUAUAGCGGGACCACCGGUCAGCAGUACUUUGCUGUUCAGGGUAGAAUAUCCACCAGAGAAUAUCCAGAUAUCCGUCAUCCAGUUGCAGAUUAUGGAAGGAGAAGUGCCAGAUGAUUUAGUCUGUUCUGCUUCUGCACAUCCUCUGGGUGAUUACAUUUGGAAAAAUGGAGAUACUACUAUAUCGCAUGGGCCCAUUCUCUCUUUCAAUUCUUCUAUAUCUAGAGAUAUGGGUGGCAAUUAUACCUGCAUCGUUAGAAACCGUCACGGACUAGCGAAGGCAGAUGCUAUUUUAACCGUCCUUCAUCGACCCGAUUGUAUGCUGCACAAAGAUUUUGGAAACGAUGGUACUGUGCUGUUAACAUGUAUAGCUUAUGCUAGCCCACCGGUUCUCAAUUUUACUUGGUAUCGAAAUAAUGUAACGAUAUACGGGCAGACGGUAGAUAAAGUAGAGGUAGAGAGUUUAGUGAGAUAUUCUGCAGAAAGUUCAGAAGAAUCUGGAAGAUAUUCUUGUGUUGCUACCAACGAGAUAGGAGCAUCAGAACCGUGCUACUUAGACGUGUCUCCCAUUCCUUCACCUUCCGGCUGGGUGCAACUUCUCCUUCAAGAAGAGAACUUGCUAAUUGUGGCAGGCAUCGCUGGAGGUAUCGGUUUACUUCUUGUCGUCGUUCUUAUCAUUGUCGUAAUCAUCGUCAUAAAGAGAAGAGUUAGAGCCAGCGAUAAGGAGGACAUGGAAGAAAGACAAAAGGAACAAAAUUGGUUCAUGGUGACUUCACAGAAGUUCAUCCCGAAAAGUGGUCCAUCCAAGCUAAUGAAUAGUGAGUGUACAUACCCAACAGUGAUUGUCCAAGUAAACUGUCACACAGGGUAUAAUUUGAUUGUAAAAUCGCGCCCAGCUAAUCACUCUCGAAGAAACGAAACCAAAGACGAAAUAUCGAAUUGUAUUCGCGGAAAGUGUCAUUGACCUCGUUUCCUACCAAAUUGUAAACGAAAGAAAUGCCCUUUACAGAAAAAAAUUAUAUAUAUAAAUAUAUAUAUAUAUAAAAUCGCGACAGUUUCCUAUAAAAGUAGACUAGGAAGUGAACCAAUGCUAUUUAAAUGGAAGAUCGAAGGGAAAGCGUGAAAAUUGUUAUGAGACUGAAAUAUGAGAAGAUAACAUCGAUCAGUUCCGUUGUUUUUCACCUUCUCCAAGUAGAUGACGAACUCUUUUCGGUGGUCGUGUCCCGUGCUCGACUGGAGUUCAGGUGGAUGUCGCUUUGUGACAGAUCAAACAUUAUUGUACAUAAAUAGUGACAGGUUGUCAGUGGUUAGCUAACCUAUUGCCGCCCUGCUUCUCAAAGUGCGCUAUCUCUUUGCCCCUCCUCGGUGUUUGUGUAUCUACAGCUGUUCACUUUGGUAUCCAGCAUCGGCGCGAAAUGGUUGAAUACAUUUAGAACGAGUUAUAUUGAAGAUAUAUUGUGAGCUGAUCUGUUGAGUAAAAUAUAUAUAUAUUCUUCAGUUGCAAAAUUUUCAAAGGAGUAAAUAAACAGGCGUUU